AUAUUUUAGUUAAUUUUGUUGGGCUAUCUUAUGGCAAGUUGCUAGGUCUGCUUCACGUUGAUAUUGCUUCGCUUGCUUCUGCAAAGGGGAUUUUCAUUUCCGUAUUAUAUAUACACUUGGAAGGGAUAAAAUAACAGAGCUUUGCUUCGUUUAGACCGAUCGAAAGGGUAUUCAGUGAUGGCCACUGAAAUCAUGAAUAAUGAAGUUGGUGUGGAAGAAAAUGAGGAGUCGGAGGCUUCAAAUGGCAUUGAGAAAUUAGAGAUUUCGAAUGGCACUGAUGAGGUCUCCAAAAACUCUUCAUCUAUGCAAAAAGAUGAAGAUGGGGUGACAGCAGAAGUUGCCAAAAAGAAAAAGAAGAAAAAUAAAAGCAAAAAAAAGAAGGAGCCCUUGAAGCAGACUGAUCCUCCAUCUAUUCCCGUUGUUGAGCUUUUUCCGUCCGGGGAGUUUCCUGAGGGUGAAAUUCAACAGUACAAGGAUGAUAAUUUGUGGAGGACUACCUCUGAGGAGAAGAGAGACUUGGAGCGAUUUGAAAAGCCAAAAUAUAAUGCAGUGCGACAAGCAGCCGAAGUCCAUCGUCAGGUUCGGAAAUACAUCAGAAGUAUCUUGAAACCUGGAAUGUUAAUGACUGAUCUAUGUGAGACCUUGGAGAACACAGUUCGCAAGCUCAUUUCAGAGAAUGGUUUGCAAGCAGGGAUUGCAUUCCCUACUGGAUGCUCACUGAAUUGGGUCGCUGCUCACUGGACUCCUAAUUCUGGAGACAAGACUGUGCUCGAGUAUGAUGAUGUGAUGAAGUUAGAUUUUGGAACUCAUAUUGAUGGGAAUAUAGUUGAUUGUGCCUUUACAGUGGCGUUUAAUCCUAUGUAUGAUCCGCUUCUUGAAGCUUCUCGUGAAGCAACCAAUACAGGCAUCAAGGAAGCUGGUAUUGAUGUCCGUCUUUGUGAUAUUGGUGCUGCAAUUCAAGAGGUGAUGGAAUCAUAUGAGGUUGAAAUAAAUGGGAAGGUGUUUCAAGUGAAAAGUAUACGGAACUUGAAUGGGCACAGCAUUGGGCCCUAUCAGAUACAUGCUGGAAAAUCAGUUCCUAUUGUGAAAGGAGGGGAGCAAACAAAAAUGGAAGAGGGUGAAUUUUAUGCCAUUGAAACCUUUGCUUCUACUGGGAAAGGGUAUGUCAGAGAAGAUCUAGAGUGCAGCCAUUAUAUGAAAAACUUUGAUGCAGGACACAUUCCACUGAGGUUGCCUAGAGCUAAGCAACUACUAGCUACAAUAAACAAGAAUUUUUCAACAUUGGCCUUCUGUAGACGGUAUUUAGAUCGUUUGGGAGAGACUAAAUAUCUAAUGGCAUUGAAGAAUUUAUGUGAUGUCGGCAUUGUUCAGCCGUAUCCUCCUCUCUGCGACAUCAAGGGCAGCUAUGUUUCUCAGUUUGAACACACCAUCCUACUGCGGCCAACCUGCAAAGAAGUUAUAUCGAGAGGUGAUGACUAUUAAGGUGGAAGACCAAAAAGUUUAGUUGGUAAUCAUCUCCUCAAAUAUUUUGCGAAUAAUUUUAGUUGUGUACUUUUUGUGUUUUUUAACAUAAGGAAGGUCCCUAAAUAGCGGAUGGUACCCAUGUUUGUCACUUGUCUGUACUCUUGCUUUGCCGUGUUUGAUGAUAGAUGGUGUGAUUGAGACUUGAAUCAGGCAAUAGGUGAUAGGAAGACUAGAAUUUUCCAUUGCAGUCAAGGUUAUGUCUUACUACUACAAGACAUGAAUGAUGUUUUUCUUAUUUGGGUAAACUUUUUAAAUGUUAAA